AUGGAUGUUCAUAAUGCUAUUUUACCUGGGAAUUUUGAUGAGGAAAUUUAUAUGGAUUUACCACUUGGUUACCACAUUCACAUAGAGCAGCAUGAGGGGGAGAAACUGGGGAAUCAAAAAGGUGCCUUCACAACAAUCUUAGUCUAUGUGAAUGAUAUCAUAAUAGGAGGUAAUUCUCAAAGAGAAAUUGAUCUACUCAAAGCUCACCUCCAUAGAAAAUUUAAAAUCAAGGAACUUGGACCCCUCAAAUACUUUCUAGGACUAGAGGUUGCAAGAUCAUCAACUGGAAUAAAUGUUUGUCAAAGGAAGUAUACCCUCGAAAUCUUGAGAGACUCAGGGUUACUAGGCACCAAACCUGCCUCCAUACCUAUUGAGUUAAAUCACAAAUUGAGUCAUACCACAAAUGAGUUCCUACAAGACCCUACAACCUAUAGUAGACUCAUUGGAAGGCUCAUCUACCUGACCAUUACCAGGCCAGGCAUUACAUAUGCAGUAAAUGUCUUGAGCCAGUUUAUGGACAGACCAUCACAAGCUCACUUACACUCAGCUUAUAGAAUCCUCAGGUAUCUAAAAGGUUCUAUAGGCCAGGCCAUCUUUUUUUCAUCAAAGUCAUCCCUACAUUUGAAGGCCUACAGUGAUUCUAAUUGGGCUGCUUGUCCCAAAACUAGGAGAUCAGUCACAAGUUUUUGUAUAUUUAUUGGGGACUCAUUGGUAAGUUGGAAAUCAAAGAAGCAAGUGACUAUUUCUAGGUGCUCAGCAGAAGUAGAAUAUGGAGCAUUAGCCUCUACAAGCUGUGAAAUUGUUUUGCUCCUUGGUCUGCUAAAGGAACUCAGCAUUGACCAUGCACAACCUGCUAUCUUGCUUUGUGAUAACCAAGCAGUCAUCCAUAUCACGAAGAACCCUAUCUUCCAUGAGAGAACUAAGGUACUAAGCAGAAGCAGAAUAUAG